UUCCACACAUAAGAAUUUUAAGAAAAUCAGAUGGCAUCCGGAGAUUUCUGCUCACCUGGAGAGGGGAUGGAAAUACUCCAACAAGUGUGCAGCAAACAGCUUCCUCCUUGUAACCUGAGUGAAGUGGACCUGUUACAGAACCCGUACUUCAGCAAACUGCUGCUGGGUCUCUCACAGCACAUGGAUGAGAGCGGCUUAAGCCUCACCCUGGCAAAGGAGCAGGCUCAGGCAUGGAAGGAAGUUCGACUGCAUAAGACAACAUGGCUGAGGUCUGAGAUUUUACAGAGAGUCAUUCAAGAGCUGCUUGUGGACUACUAUGUGAAGACACAAGACACAAAUUUAACUUCUGAGGACAAAAAGUUUCAUGAGACCCUUGAACAGCGGCUGCUCGUGACUGAACUGACACGACUGUUAGGUCCCAGCCAGGAGAGGGAAAUGCCUCCACUGCUGGGGCUGGAGAAGGCAGACCUUCUGGAGCUCAUGCCCUCCUCAGAGGAUUUUGUGUGGAUGAGAGCUCGGCUCCCACUGGAUGUGGAGGAGCAGCUCAAGAAGAAAUGUUUCACCCUGCUCUGCUACCAUGACCCCAAUUCAGAUUCCGACAGUGAAACCUUGAAGGCAGCAAAGGUGUGGAAACUGGCGGAGGUCCUGGUGGAUGAGAAGCAGCAAUGCCAGGAUGCCAAGAGCCAGCAGAAGGAGCAGAUGGUGCUGCUCGAAAAGAAGAGUGCCACCUACUCCCAGGUACUUCUGCGCUGCCUUGCCUUGCUGCAGAGGCUUCUUCAGGAGCACCGGCUUAAGACUCAGUCUGAGCUGGACCGCAUCAAUGCCCAGUACCUGGAGAUCAAGUGCAGUGCCAUGAUCCUUAAGCUGAGGAUGGAGGAGCUAAAGAUCUUGUCUGACGCUUAUACUGCUGAGAAGGUGGAAGUUCAUCGUCUCAUUAGGGACCGUUUGGAGGGGGCCAUUCGCCUACAAGAACAGGACAUGGAGAAGUCCCGACAGGUCCUGAGCACCUAUGAGGUCCUUGGGGAGGAGUUUGACAGGCUGGUAAAAGAGUACACUCAACUCAAGCAGGCAGCUGAGAACAAGCGCUGGGCCCUCCGGGAGUUUAACAAGGCCUGUCGCUGAGCACUGUCUGGUGGGGUUCCGGCAGCAGACUUCCGCAUGGGUGCUGCCUCCCCCUCCUCCUGCUGAAAGGAUCACCUCCACCUGAGGCCCACUUUCACUCCGGGAGUGUGGGGAUGCUUGCUUGAAACACUGCAGUGGGUUAGGCACCGUCCUGGUUUUUCUUCCUUGUUUACAGUGACUGAGUCUCUUCUGGGGAAUGGAGCAGAUUUAUAUAAUUCUCUGUGCAGCUAUUUGUCAGUGUCAGCCCUGUAUUAUAUUUGAUUAUCUCCUGAAUAAAGUGAUGAUGCUUCCUUUGGGCACGG